CGCCGUUCGUCUCCAAGAAGAGCCUCAGCUUCCAACUCGAGCUCUUCUUCUAUACAAAAAAAAAAACUCAUAAUUUAGCUUGUUAUACUGCUGGUAGUAUACUGUUCUAGUGUUCUUCACUUGUGGUUGUGCACUACUAUAUCUCGAUCUGUAACUAAGCUGUAAUGGAGUGCGAGACCGGGCUUGUGCGCUCCCUGAACGGCGAGGGGCUGUGCAUGUCGGCGCCGGCGCCGCGGGCCGACCCCCUGAACUGGGGGAAGGCGGCGGACGAGCUGGCGGGGAGCCACCUCGAGGAGGUGAAGAGGAUGGUGGAGGACUUCCGGCAGCCGCUGGUGAGGAUCGAGGGCGCCAGCCUGACGAUCGCGCAGGUGGCCGCCGUGGCCACCGGCGCCGGCGACGCCAGGGUGGAGCUCGACGAGUCCGCCCGCGGCCGCGUCAAGGCCAGCAGCGACUGGGUCAUGAGCAGCAUGAUGAACGGCACCGACAGCUACGGCGUCACCACCGGCUUCGGCGCCACCUCCCACCGCCGCACCAAGGAGGGCGGCGCGCUCCAGAGGGAGCUCAUCAGAUUCCUCAAUGCUGGCGCCUUCGGCACCGGCACCGACGGCCAUGUUCUGCCGGCCGAGGCGACGCGCGCGGCGAUGCUCGUCCGCAUCAACACCCUUCUCCAAGGGUACUCCGGCAUCCGCUUCGAGAUCCUCGAGGCCAUUGCCAAGCUGCUCAACGCCAACGUCACCCCGUGCCUGCCGCUCCGUGGCACCAUCACCGCGUCCGGUGACUUGGUCCCGCUGUCCUACAUCGCCGGCCUCAUCACCGGCCGCCAGAACUCCCUGGCCGUCGCCCCCGAUGGCAGCAAGGUGACCGCCGCCGAGGCGUUCAAGAUCGCUGGCAUUGAGCACGGCUUCUUUGAGUUGCAGCCCAAGGAAGGUCUUGCCAUGGUGAAUGGCACGGCCGUCGGCUCUGGCCUUGCGUCCACCGUGCUCUUUGAGGCGAACGUUCUUGGCAUCCUCGCGGAGGUUCUGUCCGCUGUGUUCUGUGAGGUCAUGACCGGCAAGCCGGAGUACACCGACCACCUGACGCACAAGCUGAAGCACCACCCUGGACAGAUCGAGGCUGCCGCCAUCAUGGAGCACAUCUUGGAAGGCAGCUCGUACAUGAAGCUGGCGAAGAAGCUCGGCGAGCUCGACCCGUUGAUGAAGCCGAAGCAGGACCGGUACGCGCUCCGCACGUCGCCGCAGUGGCUCGGCCCGCAGAUCGAAGUCAUCCGCUUCGCCACCAAGUCGAUCGAGCGCGAGAUCAACUCCGUCAACGACAACCCGCUCAUCGACGUCUCCCGCGGCAAGGCGCUGCACGGUGGCAACUUCCAGGGCACGCCCAUCGGUGUGUCCAUGGACAACACGCGCCUCGCGCUUGCUGCCAUCGGCAAGCUCAUGUUCGCGCAGUUCUCUGAGCUCGUGAACGACUUCUACAACAACGGGCUUCCUUCCAACCUGUCCGGUGGACGCAACCCCAGCUUGGACUACGGGUUCAAGGGCGCCGAGAUCGCCAUGGCUUCGUACUGCUCUGAGCUGCAGUUCUUGGGCAACCCAGUGACCAACCACGUCCAGAGCGCCGAACAGCACAACCAGGACGUGAACUCGCUUGGUCUCAUCUCAUCCAGGAAGACCGCCGAGGCCGUCGACAUCCUGAAGCUCAUGUCCUCCACGUUCUUGAUCGCGCUGUGCCAGGCCAUCGACCUGCGCCACCUCGAGGAGAACAUGAAGACCGCGGUGAAGAACUGCGUGAUGCAGGUGGCCAAGAAGUCCCUGAGCUUGAACCACAUGGGCGGCCUCCACAUCGCCCGCUUCUGCGAGAAGGACCUGCUCACGGCGAUCGACCGCGAGGCCGUCUUCGCCUACGCCGACGACCCCUGCUCCGCCAACUACCCGCUGAUGCAGAAGCUCCGCGCGGUGCUCAUCGAGCACGCGCUCGCCAACGGCGACGCCGAGCGCGUCCUGGAGACCUCCAUCUUCGCCAAGGUCGCCGAGUUCGAGCAGCACCUCCGCGCCGCGCUGCCCAAGGAGGUGGAGGCCGCCCGCGCGGCCGUCGAGAACGGCACCCCGCUCGUCCCCAACCGGAUCAAGGACUGCCGCUCGUACCCGCUCUACCGGUUCGUGCGCGAGGAGGUCGGCACCGAGUACCUCACCGGCGAGAAGACGCGGUCGCCCGGCGAGGAGCUGAACAAGGUGCUCGUCGCCAUCAACGAGCGCAAGCACAUCGACCCGCUGCUCGAAUGCCUCAAGGAGUGGAACGGCGCGCCCCUGCCACUCUGCUGAACAGAACAAGAACACAAGCAUGCAAAAAACAUGAAGACGUAUAGCAACAAAAAGAAAAAAGAACUGAAAGAUAGAGAGCAUUUCGAGAGUGUUAAUGCUUUCUGUCAUGUCUAGAUGAAAAUGAUGAUGAUACUGUUUACGUUUAUUUGUAGCUAAGUUGUUGUUACUGUUGCUGUGACUGAAACUUUUGGUGCUGUAAACUUUGUAUAAGUUGGGAAUGAACUAAAGUAAAUUAUUUUGUUUUACAA